GCGUCAUUUCGGGACAUGGACAUAACAUCGGGUGCGAAUGGCUCCCGCCAACAGCAGCAGACAGCGCGCAAAUCGAAUCAAAACAUUCAGGUCUAUGUACGCGUCAGACCGUUGAACUCACGUGAGAGAUGCAUUCGCUCCGCGGAGGUGGUGAAUGUGAUGCCGCCUCGUGAAAUUGUCACACGUCACACCGUGGACUCGAAGCUUACAAAGACGUUUACCUUCGAUCGCUCCUUUGGACCGGACUCGCGUCAGUGCGAUGUCUACAGCACCGUUGUGGCGCCUCUUAUCGAGGAGGUGCUCUCCGGCUACAACUGCACGGUGUUUGCCUACGGACAGACGGGUACGGGCAAAACGCAUACCAUGGUGGGCAAUGAGUGCGCCGAACUGAAGUCCUCCUGGGAAGAUGACUCGGACAUUGGCAUUAUACCGCGAGCUCUGAGUCAUCUGUUUGACGAGCUGCGCAUGACGGAACUGGAGUUCACGAUGCGCAUCUCCUAUCUGGAACUGUACAACGAGGAGCUGUGCGAUCUGCUCUCGACCGAUGACAACACCAAGAUACGCAUCUUUGAUGACAGCACGAAGAAGGGAUCGGUGAUUAUACAGGGAUUGGAGGAAAUACCCGUACACAGCAAGGACGAUGUGUAUAAGCUGCUCGAGAAGGGCAAGGAGAGACGCAAAACGGCCACAACGCUGAUGAAUGCCCAAUCCUCGCGAUCCCACACCGUUUUCUCCAUUGUGGUGCACAUACGCGAGAACGGCAUCGAUGGCGAGGAGAUGCUCAAGAUCGGCAAACUGAAUCUGGUCGAUUUGGCGGGCAGCGAGAACGUAUCCAAGGCGGGCAACGAGAAAGGUAUCCGUGUGCGCGAAACUGUCAACAUUAAUCAGAGUCUGUUGACCCUGGGACGUGUGAUCACUGCCUUGGUAGAUCGUGCUCCCCAUGUGCCCUAUCGUGAGUCCAAGUUGACGCGUCUGCUGCAGGAGUCACUGGGCGGACGCACAAAGACUUCAAUUAUAGCCACCAUCUCGCCGGGUCACAAGGAUAUCGAGGAAACGCUGAGCACGUUGGAGUAUGCACAUCGUGCAAAGAACAUUCAAAAUAAGCCGGAGGUCAAUCAAAAGCUGACCAAGAAGACGGUACUCAAGGAGUACACCGAUGAGAUUGAUAAACUGAAGCGGGACCUGAUGGCGGCACGCGAUAAGAAUGGCAUCUACCUGGCCGAAGAUACCUACGGCGAGUUGAUGCUCAAAAUGGAUUCACAGACACGCGAGCUCAACGAGAAGAUGCUGCUGCUAAAGGCGCUCAAGGAUGAGCUGCAGAACAAGGAGAAGAUCUUCAACGAGGUCAGCAUGAGUCUGGUCAAGAAGACGCAAAAGCUCAACCGCACCGAGCAGCACUUGACGGAGACCAAAGGAUCUCUGCUGCUCACCAAGAAGGUGCUGAACAAAACCAAGCGACGCUACAAGGAAAAGAAACAGCUGGUGGAGUCGCAUGUGAAGACAGAACAGCAGCUAACAACGCAGGCCAAUCAAAUACUAGAGGCAGCUGACCUGGCUGCCGAUGAUACUCAGCAGCUCCAUGGCACCAUCGAGCGGCGUCGUCAUGUGGAUGAAAUGAUACGCAGCACGUGCGAACAAUUCGCGGAACGCAUGCGCGAUAAUCUAGAGAUGCUCGAUGGUAGUUUAUCUCAAUACCAGGAGCAGCAUGCGGGCUCAACGAAGCAACUGACCGAGGAGUUGGCGAACUGCACCAGUGUGCAUCGUCGUCUGGUGGCAAAUGCCACUAAAAGCAUCGACAACUUGCGUGAUAUUUGCACAGAAUCCUUGACAGCGCAUGGUCAGCUGCAGGCACAGUUUGCAACCGUUGUGGCCAGCACGGAGGAUGCCCAUUGUCAGGCACUGUUGGCACAGCUCUUGGAGCAUAUGGAGCAACGCAAGGCGCAGCUGAGCCAGGACAUAUUGGCCAACCUGCAGGAGCUGGAGGCCAACAAUGAGCGACACAGGGAAGCGUUGGACAACAUGCGUGAUGGCUUCUCGCCGAUCAUUGAGCGCAAUGCAAAGGCCGUGCAGCAGCAUGUGGAUCAAGUGCAGCAGCAACUGAACCAAUUGACGGCAUUGAGUGCUCCGGAUUCGGAGCAACUGCAGCAGCUGCAGGCUGAACUGGCGCACGAGGAGGAGUUGGCAAAGCAGGAAGUGGAACUGAUGCGUCAGUUGGAGCAGCUGCAGCAACAACGGGCCAAGAACACACUCAGCAUGGGAACUCGAGUCGGGCAACUGAAGCGCAGCCAUGUGGCAGUCAAUGAGCAGGCACAGCUGACCGGGAACAGCAUGCAGGCCUAUGCCAGCGAGGGAACUGUGGCUGCCCAAGCCGCACGGGAUGAACUAUGCAGCCAACUGCAGGCGGCGGUGCUGUGUGUGGAUCACGGAGUCUCCAAGUGCUCCACGCUGCAUGUGCAGCUGGAUAAUCUGUGCAAGGAGAGCAACAAUCAAGCCGAGUCCAGCAUGCAAACAGUACGCAGCCAUCAGCAGCAACUGCGCCAGAUGUGCACCGACAGCGAGCAGCAUGCCCAGCAGCUUCGUCACGAGCAGCAGAAGCAGCUCAGUCUGGCCACCAAUCAGAUCCACCAGAUCAUGACCACGGACUUUGAGCUGGCCAAUGGACAUGCACAUAUUACUGGCGACCUCAUCGACAAGCUGUCCGAGCAUAUGGCACAGCAUGCGACCGUGCAGCGUCAACAGCUGAAGACUUGCCACGAGGGUGUCUCUAAUUUCCACCAGAGCGAACUGAAGACAUAUGCUCCUACGGGUGCCACGCCCUCGAAGCGUGACUUCAUCUAUCCACGCACACUGGUUGCCACCUCGCCGCAUCAGGAAAUUGUGCGUCGCUAUCGCCAGGAGCAGGACUGGUCGGAUCUGGAUACCACUGCCACUAUCGACGAGCUCAGCGAGGGUGAACCCGAGGAGGAAUCAUUGCAGUCUGUGCAGGAACUGUCUGAAACGGAAACCAUUAUGAACUCGACGCCCAUUGAACCCGUUGAUGGCGUUGUUAAUAAGCGUGGCUCCAGAGGCGGCGGCUCACGCAGCUCCAACACGUUGAAGCCAUUGUCCGGGCAGCGCAACAGUUCCCUCUCUCGCUCCCUGACCCCCAGCAAAAACUCGCCGCGCAACUCGCCCCUCAGUUCACCUGCCUUCAAGAGGCACAACAAAGAGAACGUGGCCUGAGGCAAACAUUAAUCAACCCAGUUAUAACAUUUAAGGCGUUAAUUGGAGCAUUUCUUUUCAAUAUUUGCACUGUUCCUUCUCAUUUUUAUUUUUAUAAAUUCUUUUCUUUGGUAUCAAUCAUUCUUGAGAUUCUUAUUUCAAUUUGCACAUUAUUUCCAUUAAAUAAAAACAAAUCUGUAUUACAGUCAACGCUCGAUAAAAAGUGAACUAAGUAA